AUGCGACAUCGUGAUCUAGCGGUUACAGAUAAGCAGUUACACAUCUUGGCUACACAGCGCCGUGAAUCACGGCCAUAUAUCACGGAAGUAAUUGACUCGAACUGCAACGCUUCUUCUCCCUCACGCGACAUUUCUCUUCUCCACUGUUCCUCCACCACUUUGCUUUUCCUCACCGCCACUCCCCCUCCUCGCUCGUGCUGCCAUCGCCGGUGUUGUUCGGUUUGUUCUCCUUCUCCGUCCUCAACCGUCCACGACUCUGCGUGUCCUCUCACCUUCGACGACGCUGCUGCCUCUGACGACGCUGCUGCCUCCGCGCCGGACUCCGACGACGCUGUUGCCUCCGCCGGUCACACUCCGUCACUGUCUUACCUUAGAGUAUUGGCACGUGAUCGUAUCUCUAUACUUACUCCAUCGUUUGACCAUGUUUCUGAGGCUGAUCGGAAUCUCAUAUGGCAAGAUCUAUUAAUAACAUUUGAUAUGCCAAACGUCGAGAGCUUAAGGAAUAGGUCAAUUGACGAAGAAACAUGGCGUCAGUUUGUGGAGCUUCGUUCUUCUGAGGCGUGGCAGCAGCAUUAUGAGGAUUAUGGCAAUCAUCCUCCACCAUCUCCUGUAGCGGAACAUAUUGUGCCCCCUACAGGUAGAAGCGGUAAAGGAAGUUGCUCAGUUGCCGGUGCCCCAGGGGACGACAUGGAUGACACUCGUCCAUGUGAGUUAUAUAUUCUCUCUGAUACUGGGACCAUGCUAGUGGCUCGUGGUACAGUGUAUGAGACAACCACUGUAGUGCAUGGUGUACAACUUGCAGAAGAUGAGGUCAAGGUCACGGUCGAUGAAGUUGUCAUAGCGGAUGUCGUUCUUCCUGUGCCUACAGAUGAGUUCUUCACUGUGGAAGAAGCAUUUAGGUCCUUUGUCGCCUGGCCUAGACAUUUGGUUGGUCAUGUAUCUAAUCCCCCGCAGAUAGGUCAAGAGGGAAGUCCUAGACCGAAGAAGACUCAUUUAUCUGAGGAUGACCCUCUUGGUGCAUUAGACGAGCUUGCUAAACUCAUUUCAGAUGUGCCAAUGAAUGGGUUCAACGAUGUAUAUGGGUUCAUUGACCCUUCUAUGACUCAUGAGAGAAAUAAAUUUGAUGAUAUCCAGACAUACAUCACCACCUGCUUUGGAACGGGGAAGGAGAUAUAUUUUCUCCCUUAUAUACAUGGGUGUCAUUGGCAGCUACUUGUGAUCUCCGUACCGGAGAACACGGCUGUUUGGUUUUGUUCAUUGCAUAAGUCUCCUCCCAGCCCUCUUAGACAUGCAGUAGAUUGUUCCCUUGCAGCACAUAUGAUGUUAUCUGGGAGAUCUACUGCUACAGCUAAAAAGCUUGCAUGGGUUUCUCUUAAGUGUAAUAGACAAAUGGGGUCAUAUGAAUGUGGUUAAUACGUUAUGUUUUGGAUGAUGACCAUCAUUCGUGCACAUUACACCACUGGAUGGGAAACGGUAAUAUUUAGGUUUGAAUUUUAUGUUCUCUAUAUUUGGAUUUCAUAUACACUAAUUGAAAUCAUUGUACUUUAUGCAGAGAUUUAAUAGGACUGCUUCAAUUCCAGAGAAGUCAAUCCAACUUGUGAGGAAAA